AUGGCGGCUGACACGCAGGUUUCCGAAGCACUGAAGAGAUUUGCAGUGAAAGUGACCACAUCCAGUGUGAAGGAACGAAGAGACAUCCUCAAUGAACUUGCAAGAUGCAUCACUGGGAAAGAUCUUCCAGAAGGUGCCGUGAAGGGCCUCUGCAAGCUGUUCUGCCUCACCCUGCAUCGAUACAGAGAUGCAGCCUCCCACAGAGCCCUCCAGGCAGCGCUUCAGCAGCUUGCAGAAUGUCAGCCAGAAGCAACUGCCAAGAACCUUCUGCAGUCCCUGCAAUCUUCAGGGAUCAGCAGCAAGUCUGGAGGACCCAGUAAAAGCAGUGGCUCUGCGGCCUUGCAGGCCCUCUCCUGGACUUGCCUGCUCGUUCGCAUCGUGUUCCCCACACAUGAGAAGAGACAGGGAGAAACCUGGGAGAAACUAGUGGAAGUUCAGUGUCUGCUGCUGUUGGAGGUUCUGGGUGGCUCUCGCAAGCCGGUGGUGGAUGGAGCUGUGAAGAAACUGAACAGGCUGUGGAAAGAGAACCCUGGGCUGGUGGAUCAAUACCUCUCCGUUAUUCUCAGCCUCGAAGCCAGCCAGGGCCACGCAGGCAUGUUGGGGCUGCUGGUGCAGUUCUGCACCAAUCAGAAAGAAUUUGACGUCAUUAACCGAUACAAGAGCGCCCUCCUUGAUUUCUACAUGAAGAACAUCUUGAUGAGCAAGACAAGACCUCAGAAGCACCUGCUGGACAACUGUGCCCCUCUGCUCCGCUAUGUGUCUCAUACUGAAUUCAAGGACCUCGUCUUGCCAGCUUUGCAGAAGUCCCUCCUGCGGAGCCCUGAGAACGCAAUUGAAACUAUCUCCUCUCUCUUGGCAUCUGUGACCCUUGAUCUCAGCCAGUAUGCUCUGGACAUCGUGAAAGGUCUAGCUGGUCAGUUGAAAUCCAACAGUUCUCAGCUGAUGGACGAGGCUAUCGUAGCAUUGAAGAACUUGUCUCGGCAGUGCAGCGACCCAUCAACAGUGGAGUCACUUGGGAAACACCUGUUUGCCAUUUUGGGAGGUGCCGAGGGAAAGCUAACAGUUGUGGCACAGAAAAUCAGUGUCCUCUCAGGGAUCGGCAGCUGUAGCCAUCAUGCAGUUUCUGGGCCUUCGAACCAGGUUGUAAGCGGAACUAUAACAGAACUUUUCAUCCCUUUCCUUCAGCAGGAAGUCCACGAAGGCACUUUGGUGCACGCCAUCUCUGUCCUCGCACUCUGGUGUAAUCGGUUCACCACCGAAGUGCCCAAGAAGCUGGUUGAGUGGUUCAAGAAAGCCUUCAGCCUUAAAACCUGCACUUCCGCUGUAAGGCAUGCAUAUCUCCAGUGCAUGCUGGCAUCCUUCAAAGGCAACGUACUUCUGCAGGGAGUAGACUUGCUGCCAUUGCUGAUGCAGACGGUUGAAAAAGCAGCAGCGCAAAGCACUCAGGUUGCCCUGGUGACGGAAGGCGUGGCAGCAGCUUUGCUGAUUUGUAGGCUCUCGGUAGCUGAUGCACAAAUAGAGAACAAGCUGAGCAGCUUCUGGCCCCUCGUUCUGGAUGAGAAAAAGCAGGUUUUCACUUCUGAGAAGUUCCUGCAGUCUGCAUCGGAGGAAGCAAUGUGCACAGUUCUGCAGCUGACAGAACGCCUCCUCUUGGACCAUGAGCAUCGACUACCUGGUGCUAAAGUCCAGCAAUAUCACAAAGCCCUGGCUGCAGUCCUCCUCAGCCGAUCAUGGUGUGUCCGAAGGCUUGCCCAGCAGACUGUGAGGAAGCUCCUGUCUUUGCCCAGAGGGUUCAAGUUGGCUUAUGGGCUCUUAGAAGAGCUGAGAGUAGUGCUCAGUUCUCACAAGGUACUGCCCACUGAGGCCUUGCUGACCGAGACAGGAGAGCUGUCGGAACAAGGAAAGACCUACAUCCCUCCUCGUGUCCUCCAGGAGACACUGUGCAUGAUCUCGUGUGUGUCGGGGCUGGAGGGCGAUCCAGAGGAGAAGGAAAAGUUAGCCUUGGAAAUGUUGCUAGUAAGCAAUCACCCUUCUCUAGUAGCAGGGCAGUCUGGCCUUUGGACAGCCCUCCUGAUCAAGAUGAAACUGGACCCUGUCGAUUUCAUUGCCAAGUACCUGGAAAAGAUCUUUGACCGGAUUGUCACCCAGAGCCCCAUGAAUAAGUCAUCCCUGAAUGCAGUGGGUCUGCUCUCUGCCCUCUCCCCCAGCCAAGUCCUCCCUCAGGUCAUCAGCACCAUCUCCGCCUUUCUAGAAAACCCAGCGCUGUGUCUUGUGACCCAGGAGGAGUUUGCUAUCAUGAAGACGCCCGAAGGGGAACUUUAUGACAAGUCCAUCUUGCACAGUGCUCAGCAAGACAGCCUGAAAAAGGCCAACAUGAAGAGAGAAAACAAAGCUUAUUCUUUCAAGGAGCAGAUCAUUGAACUGGAGCUGAAGGAGGAGAUUAAGAAGAAGAAGGGGAUCAAGGAGGAGAUCCAGCUAACCAGCAAACAGAAGGAAAUGCUGAAUGCCCAGCUGGAAAAGGAAUCUCAGACCAGGAAGCAGUUGAAAGAGCUUGACAAUGAACUGGAAUCAAUGCUGGGUCUCCUGGAUGCUGUUCUAAAGAGGAACCCCCCUGGUCUUUCCCAGUACAUCCCCAGUCUCAUAGGCUUCUUCCUGCCUCUGCUGAAGUCUCCUCUGGCGGCUCCAAGGAUUAAGACCCCUUUCCUUUCUUUGGCAUCCUGUGUGAUGCCUGAUCGGUUGAAGACUUUCGGUACUGUAGUGAGUCACGUGACCUUGAGGAUGCUGAAGCCUGAAUGUGUUUUGGACGAAUCCUGGUGCCAAGAGGACCUGCCCACUGCUGUGACCAGAGUGGUGACCUUGUUGCACACGCACACUGUGCCUGUCCGGAUGAGCAAGGGAGAGGCAGGUCCCGUGCCAUUAACGGCCCCAGCCUUUUCCUUAGUCUUCCCUCUCCUAAAAAUGGUGCUGCUGGAGACUCCCAACGACAGUGAAGAGAAGGAGGAGCUCUUGGUCAAGGCUCUGCAGACGAUCACGGUCCAUGCUCAGCUGAGAUCAUCUGCCAGCAGCCAGAGUUUGCUGGUAGACGAGAACGGACCCGAGUUACUGCCUCGCACAGAGAUGCUGCGGCUCCUGAGUAAAGUGAUCGGGACAGGCUCUCCACGCUUACAGGUCUUGGCUUCCAACGCCCUGACCGCCCUGUGUGCCAGCAGCAGUGGAGAGGACGGCUGUGCCUAUGCAGAACAGGAAGAAGUGGAUGUGUUACUCCAAGCCCUUCAGUCCCCGUGCAUGAAUGUCCGAGAUGCAGCCCUCCGGGGCUUGAUGGAGCUGCAGUUGGUGCUGCCAACGCCGGACAGCGAUGAGAAGAAUGGGAUGAACCUUUUGCGCCGUCUCUGGGUGGUGAAUUUUGACAAGGAAGAAGCAAUCAGGACACUGGCCCAGAGGCUUUGGGAGUCGAUGGGUCUGGAGUUGCAGCCUGACAUCUGUUCGGUCCUCAUUAAAGAUGUCAUCCACUACGAGGAAGCCGUGCGCCAGGCUGGCGCCGAGGCGCUUUCCAAGAGCGUUGAGCAGUAUCGAAGCCAGACGAGGGACGUCAUGAGCAAACUGAUGGAGAUCUAUCAGGAGAAACUCUAUAGGCCUCCACCGGUUUUGGAUGCUCUGGGACGUGUGAUAUCUGAAUCUCCACCCGACCAAUGGGAAGCCAGGUGUGGCAUUGCGUUGGCCCUGAACAAGCUCUCGGAGCACCUGGACAGUUCCCAGGUGAAGCCUCUCUUCCAGUUCUUUGUACCUGAUGCCCUUAACGACCGCAACCCCGAAGUCCGGAAGUGCAUGCUGGACGCAGCCCUCUCGGCACUCAAUACCCAUGGCAAGGACAGCGUCAACUCCCUGCUGCCUGUGUUCGAGGAGUUCCUGAAGGACGCGCCAAACGAUGCCAGCUAUGAUGCCGUCCGGCAGAGUGUCGUCAUUCUGAUGGGUUCCCUGGCCAAACAUUUGGACAAAAGCGACCCGAAAGUCAAGCCGAUUGUUGCCAAACUGAUAGCAGCCCUUUCCACUCCAUCCCAACAGGUCCAGGAGUCUGUGGCCAGCUGCUUACCGCCCCUGGUGCCUGCCAUCAAGGAGGAUGCAGGAGGGAUGAUCCAGAAGCUGCUGCAGCUGCUGCUGGAGUCCGAUAAGUACGCUGAACGGAAAGGAGCCGCUUAUGGGCUGGCCGGCCUGGUGAAAGGCUUGGGCAUCCUCUCCCUCAAACAGCAGGAAAUGAUGGCCACGCUAACGGACGCCAUCCAGGACAAGAAGAACUUCCGGCGGCGAGAAGGGGCCUUGUUUGCCUUUGAGAUGCUCUGCAGCAUGCUUGGGAAGCUCUUUGAGCCUUACGUGGUCCACGUCUUGCCCCACCUGUUGCUUUGCUUCGGAGACGGGAAUCAGUACGUCCGAGAGGCCGCGGACGAUUGUGCGAAGGCCGUGAUGAGUAACCUGAGUGCCCACGGGGUGAAGCUGGUGCUGCCUUCAUUGCUGGCUGCGCUUGAGGAGGAGUCUUGGAGAACCAAAGCUGGGUCAGUGGAGCUGCUGGGUGCCAUGGCUUACUGCGCCCCCAAACAACUCUCCUCCUGCUUGCCAAACAUUGUGCCAAAACUCACCGAGGUGCUCACAGACUCCCACGUGAAGGUCCAGAAGGCCGGGCAGCAGGCGCUCCGGCAAAUUGGGUCGGUUAUCAGGAACCCCGAGAUCUUGGCGAUCGCGCCUGUUCUGUUGGAUGCCUUGACAGACCCAUCCAGAAAGACCCAGAAGUGCUUGCAGACCCUGCUGGACACCAAAUUUGUCCAUUUCAUUGACGCUCCUUCGCUGGCUCUCAUCAUGCCCAUCGUCCAGAGGGCUUUCCAGGAUCGCUCCACGGACACGAGGAAAAUGUCUGCCCAGAUCAUCGGCAACAUGUACUCUUUGACGGAUCAGAAGGACCUGGCUCCUUAUCUGCCCAGUGUGACCCCAGGUCUGAAGGCCUCUUUGCUGGACCCGGUGCCUGAGGUGCGCACGGUAUCCGCGAAGGCGCUGGGAGCCAUGGUGAAGGGGAUGGGCGAGUCUUGCUUUGAGGACCUGCUGCCUUGGCUGAUGGAGACCCUGACGUACGAGCAGAGUUCGGUGGAUCGGUCUGGAGCCGCCCAAGGUCUGGCUGAAGUCAUGGCUGGCUUAGGAGUGGAGAAGCUGGAGAAACUUAUGCCAGAAAUCGUGGCUACAGCAAGCAAAAUGGACAUCGCCCCCCAUGUCCGGGACGGUUACAUCAUGAUGUUUAACUACCUGCCCAUCACCUUUGGUGAUAAGUUCACACCUUAUGUUGGGCCCAUCAUACCUUGCAUCCUUAAGGCACUGGCAGACGAGAACGAGUUCGUGCGGGACACGGCUUUGCGCGCCGGGCAGAGGAUCAUAAGCAUGUACGCAGAGACAGCCAUUGCGCUCCUCUUGCCUCAGCUGGAGCAAGGCCUCUUUGAUGACCUCUGGCGAAUCAGGUACAGCUCAGUUCAGCUACUCGGAGACCUCCUCUUCUAUAUUUCGGGAGUCACAGGGAAGAUGACAACGGAGACGGCUUCUGAGGACGACAACUUUGGAACAGCCCAGUCCAACAAGGCAAUCAUUAACGCCCUCGGAGUGGAGAGGAGGAACCGGGUGUUGGCGGGGCUGUACAUGGGCCGCUCGGAUACGCAGCUGGCCGUCCGCCAGGCAUCCUUGCACGUUUGGAAAAUUGUCGUCUCAAACACGCCUCGCACGCUCCGCGAGAUCCUGCCAACUCUCUUCAGCCUCCUCCUGGGCUUCUUGGCCAGCACCUGUGCGGACAAGAGAACAAUCGCAGCACGCACGUUGGGGGACCUUGUCCGAAAGCUGGGGGAGAAGAUUCUUCCAGAAAUCAUCCCCAUUUUGGAGGAAGGUCUGAGGUCGGAGAAGAGCGACAAGAGGCAAGGAGUCUGCAUUGGCCUGAGUGAGAUCAUGAAGUCCACCAGCAGGGAUGCUGUGCUGUGUUUCUCUGAGUCUCUGGUCCCAACAGUGAGGAAAGCUCUGUGCGACCCUUUGGAGGAGGUCCGGGAAGCCGCCGCAAAGACCUUCGAACAGCUGCACUCUACCAUCGGGUACCAGGCUCUGGAAGACAUCCUGCCCUUCUUGCUGAAGCAGCUGGAAUAUGAAGAGACGUCGGAGUUUGCUCUGGAUGGCCUCAAGCAGGUGAUGGCUGUGAAGAGCCGAGUGGUGCUGCCUUACUUGGUGCCAAAGCUUAUUUCUCCUCCUGUAAACACCAGAGUCCUGGCCUUCCUCUCAUCUGUGGCUGGCGACGCUCUCACCCGGCACCUUGGCGUGAUCUUACCUGCCAUGAUGUCCGCGCUAAAGGGGAAGCUUGGGACUAACGAAGAGCAGCAGGAGAUGUCGAACUGCCAGGUGGUCAUCCUGUCAGUGGAGGACGAGGCCGGACAGAGGAUUAUAAUCGAGGACCUGCUGGAGGCGACACGCAGCCCCGAGGUGGGGAUGAGGCAGGCAGCCGCCGUCAUCCUCAACAUCUACUGCUCCAAGACGAAGGCCGACUACACAGCCCACCUACGGAGCCUGGUCUCGGGCCUGAUCCGGCUCUUCAACGACACAAAUGCCGUGGUUCUGAACGAAAGCUGGGACGCCCUCAAUGCCAUCACCAAGAAAUUAGAUGCUGGCAACCAGCUGGCUCUCAUUGAGGAUCUGCACAGGGAUAUCCGUUUGGUAGGCAAUGAUGCCGGCGGAGACCAUGUCCCUGGGUUCUGCAUUCUGAAAAAGGGCGUGACGUCCAUCCUUCCUGUGCUUCGGGAGGGAGUCCUGACGGGCAGCUCGGAGCAGAAGGAGGAGGCGGCCAAGGCGCUGGGGCUUGUGAUCAAGCUGACGUCGGCCGAAGCCCUGAAGCCCUCCGUCGUCAGCAUUACGGGGCCACUCAUCCGUAUCUUGGGAGACCGGUUCAGCUGGAACGUCAAGGUGGCUCUGCUUGAGACGCUCAGCCUUCUGCUGGCGAAGGUGGGAAUUGCUCUGAAGCCGUUCUUGCCCCAGCUGCAAACCACCUUCACGAAGGCGCUGCAGGAUCCCAACCGCAUUGUCCGCCUGAAGGCCGCCGACGCCCUGGGGAAGCUGAUUGCCAUGCAUGCCAAAGUCGACCCGCUCUUUACCGAGCUGCUGAACGGCAUCCGAACCAGCGAAGAUUCCGGCAUCAGAGACACGAUGCUCCAGGCCCUGCGGUUCGUCACUCAAAGCGCUGGUGCUAAAGUUGAUGCUGCUGUUAGGAAGAACAUCACCACGGUGCUCCUGGGCAUGUUAGGACACGACGAGGAUGCCACCCGUAUGGCCUCCGCUGGCUGCCUGGCAGAGCUGUGUGCGUUUCUGUCAGAAGAAGAACUUGGCAGCGUUCUCCAGAAUCACCUGCUAGCGGACGUCUCUGGCAUUGACUGGAUGGUGCGGCAUGGGCGCAGCCUGGCGCUUUCCGUGGCCGUCAGUGUGGCCCCCGGCAGAGUGUGUGCCCCCAAAUACAGCAACAGUGUCCACGAAAUGAUCUUUAGCAAUACUACUGCAGACCGGAUCCCAAUUGCAAUCAGCGGCAUCAGAGGGAUGGGUUUCCUUAUGAAGUACCACAUAGAAGCCAAUGGGGGAAAUCUGCCCCCCAAACUCUCCAACCUCUUCAUCAAGUGUCUUCAGAAUCCAUCCAGCGACAUCAAGUUAGUGGCAGAGAAGAUGCUCUGGUGGGCCAACAAAAGCCCCCUCCCUCCCUUGGAUCCCCAGACAAUGAAGCCCAUCCUCAAAGCGCUUCUGGACAAUACAAAAGACAAGAACACCAGUGUGAGGGCCUACAGCGACCAGGCCAUCGUCAACCUCCUGAAGAUGCGAGAGGGCGAGGAAGUGCUUCAGUCCGUCUCCAAGAUCCUUGAUGCCGCCAGUUUGGAACUGCUGAACGAGAGCUGCCGUCGGUCCCUGAAGAAGCUCGCUAGCCAGGCCGACUCGGUUGAGCAGAUUGACGACACGAUCCUCACGUGAUUUUGGAGGCACACAAGGGAGAGGCAGGCGGCCCUCGUUACCCAUCACUGCAUCAACGUUACAAUUCAUAACACCAGUGGAAAUGUUUUCAUUUUCGAAAAUGCUAAAUUCUGAUGGGGGGCUUAUGGAAAACAAAGAAAAAAGGGCUUCCGGGGUACUUUAAUAAAGAAAUAUACCAGAAUAGCCUUAAUAAGAGUUCUGAUAGGUUAAGUAAGUAAAUAAAUAAAUAAAUAGAAUUUGGCUCCCCCCAAUUUUUUUUUUAAACACAGAAUUAUAUGGUGAAGGAGCCCUAUCAAUUGUGAACCGGUAAUUGGUAGUUCGUCCUGUUGUGAAUCUCCCUCCCCCCACCUUUGUGUUAAAGGAGCAAUUCCCACUCUGUGUAAGUGGAAUUAAAGAGUUCUGUGGAAGUUGAGCAGUUUGUUUUGAUGUACUGCUGAUUUGCUGUUGUUGUAGCUCGGGGGGCUGCAAAUUCUGUAAAUCAAAACCUAAUUUAAAGAGCCUCAGAAAUUAAGAGGUGAAAGGGGGAUGAAAAAUAGGCUGUUUGGGUGACAGUUUAAUAAAAAGCUUUGAAAUGAAA